AUGGAAAACAUGAAACAUGAGGGCAAAAAUACAGAGCUAGAGGAUAUCCAUCUUGCAGUACAGCAUGCUGCUCAAGUUUUGAUUGGUCUGAAUACAAGCGUAAAUGAGAGGUUUCUGCAUUUCCAACAAAGAAUCAUACAACUGGAUCAAAAGGUGAAAAAUACUACUGGCAGCACGAGCAUCAGAGGACCACCUGGAGUCAAUGGUACUAAUGGUGACACUGGAUCUGCCGGAACUCCCGGACCUGCCGGACCUCCGGGAUAUAAUGGUACAAAGGGUGACAUUGGACCUGCCGGACCUGCUGGACCUGCCGGACCUCCAGGAUAUAAUGGCACUCAGGGCCCUGCAGGACCAUCUGGACUACCUGGUGUACAAGGUCUUCGUGGACCAUCUGGGUUCAAUGGUACCCAGGGUCCACCUGGACCCGGGACCAGUUCCUGUGUUUUUAAGACUUUAUCUAGCCUUGGCCUACCAGCAUCCUCGUUGACCAUCCAAAAAAUUACAGCGACGGAACAAAAUGGUAAAAUCUUUAUUGGCGUAAACUGUGAUACAAACGACGCGAAAGCUGUUAAAUUAUCAAGUACUAUUUCAGGUGGAAAAAGAUCCUACGAUUGCUCUUGCGAAGGUACCCUAACAACUGGAGAACCAAUGAUGUAUUGCUACAUACACUACUGGGAGUGUCAGAUAUAAGAGGGAAAACGAAAAGUUAUUUGAUCAACAGGAGUCUUUGUGAAGUAGA